ACCGUCUGCGCCUCCGCAAACCACCGUCUCCCCUCCUUCCCCACCGUGACUACCGACGCGUCGAGCCAUUCGCUCAGCCCGUUGCAGCGAGCAGCUUGCGACUCGCGAGGACGUUGUGUCCUCUCUUCUGGACUUGAGCAUGCUCCAGGUUCGUAAGGAGCGACUCACCCUCCAUGUCGCUGCCAUGCGCCGCCUUCUUACCAUCCUCUCUGACCCUGAUCGCACCCUCCCGAUCAUCCCAGUACGACUGGGGACCUCCACGAGGGUGUACUCAGCACUGUGGGAUGCCGAUUCUCAAAGCGACUUCAUUCACCCCCGUGUGGUGAAAGAAGCCCGCUUACCUACGACCGGGUCUCCGACUCCCAUCUCCGUUACCCUAGGAGAUGACAAGACCCAGCGCUUCUUCGAUCAGACGGUCACCGACCUCCCUUUCUUCCUCAUCCUCGAACCGACUGAUCGUCCCUCGGCGUCUCGUCGCCACCGCUCCUCUGCACAUUUCGAUGUGAUGGAGACAGGGUACGACUUCAUUCUCGGCACUCCGUGGUCUCGUCGGUUCCGCAGCACCGAGGCUGAUUGGACGACCAACACUCUCGUUCUUAAAACGAAGUGUGGACAGACGUAUCGCGUAUCUUUCAUAGGUACCACUGCGACACCACGCCCCGAUCCUCCUCCCCCGGAGCCUUCUGUGCCCACACCAUCUCCUUCUAUCACUGUCACUUCGCCUCGGCAGUUCGCCCACUUCAUCCGACAGGACGACGUCACCUUCCUUAUGGUGAACGUGACGGAUCUCUUACACUAUGAUCCACCUUGUCCCGACGCCGAGCUCAUCCCUCUGGAGCCAGAUCCUCCUUCUAUCUCCAUGGAUCCCAUCUCUACUUCCGCCCCUCCACCGUCCGUCGAGUCCACCCCGUCGUCGCGCACUGACGCUGACGCUGAGGAACUCGCACGAUAUACGACUGACCUGGAGCCCGCAGUCCGUGCCCUCAUUCGAGAGUACCACGACGUUUUUCCAUCGUCGUUCUCGUACGCCGACAUCCCGCCGAUGCGCGACGUCGAGCACUCCAUCCAGCUUGUGCCUGACUAUCGUGUUCACCCUCAGGCACCCUACAGACUCUCGAUCCUCGAGGCCACCGAACUCAAGCGUCAGCUUGAGGAGGUCCUGAGACUGGGUUUCAUUAAACCCAGCAACUCCCCGUGGGGUGCACUCGUCCUUUUCGCUCGCAAAGCGGAUGAAACUCUUCGUCUCUGCAUCGACUAUCGCGGUCUUAACCGCUACACGGUUAAGAACAGCUACCCCAUGCCUCGUUCCGAUGAGCUGUUCGACCGCCUAGCAGGCAACCGCUUCUUUAUGAAGAUUGAUCUUCUUAAAGGUUACCAUCAGAUCCGCGUCGCUGCAGCCGACCAGCCGAAGACGGCGUUCCAAUCGCGCUUCGGCCAUUACGAGUUUACAGGGAUGCCAUUCGGCCUCACCAAUGCACCCGCUACCUUCUAGAGGGCGAUGAACGACAUCUUCAGGGACAUCCUGGAGCAGUUUGUUCUCGUCUACCUCGACGAUAUCCUGGUCUACAGUCGUACCCUCGAGGAGCACCUCAGACACGUCCGCGACGUCCUUCACCGCUUGCGCAGACAUGACUUCUACGCCAAGCUGAGCAAGU